AUGUCUAAAACAUUAAAUCUUCAAUCAGUAAUAUUGUUUGUAUUGAUGAUGAUGAUGAUGAUGUUACUUCUCAUCACUAUUGCUUCAUGUGAUGAAAGAACAACCAAACAACUCCAUGAUGCCAUUAAGAACAAUCAUUGGGAAUUGAUCAAUCAAUUAAUUAAAGGAGGAGAGGCCAAUCCUUAUGAAAAAGUUGAUUAUUGGUUCUCUAAAUAUGAUGCUUUUGAUAUUGCCGUAUACUAUGGAAAUACAAAGUUCCUUACAAAUUACAUGAAACAAUUAGAAAAAGAACAAGAAUAUAAACUGCAACAAUUAAAAAAAGAACAAGAUCAAAUUCAAUUGGAAACCCAAUUGGCAAAUCAAUUUAAAAAUACUAUUUAUAUGACAGUUUUGGUGAUUGUAGGUGGUAGCUUUUUGGGGUAUUGGUAUAUACAAAGAAAGUUAAAUGAGCAAAUUGAACAGGAGAAUAAGCAAGUUGAACAAAACUUGAGAACCAAAGAACAAGAAAAGAUAAAAAUUGAAAACAAACUGAUUGAGAUAGGAAAGGAAAAGAUGAAAAUUGAAGUGAAAUUGAAUGAAAUACUUGAAAAACAAAAUUCACACCAGCAACCUGAGACUCAAAAACGUGAAUUGGAAAGAAUGAAAAUUGAGCUAGAAACUGCAAACCAUGAACUGAUGGAUCUGAAGGAGAAAAUAGAAGAAGAACAACGAUGCUGCAUUUGUAUGGAUAGAAAUAAGAAUGCUGCUUUCAAUCCUUGUGGACAUGUUUUUUGCGAAACUUGUUGUUCUCAUUGCCUUUCUAAAUGCCCUAUUUGCAAGACAAAACCUCGUAGCUUUUAUAAAUUGUAUAUGUAA